CAACAGCAUGUCACUCCACAGCCUCUGUGUUCAAGCCAUCCUUCUCAUAAGCAUCCUGUCUCUCUGCUCACCCUCAGGUGGUUCAUCUGGGAGUAGACUACAGAGGAUCCUAAUGAAACAAGAUGCAAAGGAGCUGGAAGCCAGGCCUAAAGCACAGAUCGCAGUGUCGCAGUCCAAGGCUAAAGAGUUUCUGUCAGUUUUUCACAGGUCUAAGAGAAACGUAUGGGACCGGAGCCGUCCUGAUGUCCAGCAGUGGAUCCAGCAGUUCAUGUACAUGGGCUACGAUGAGGCAAGACUUGAGACUGAUAUCUCCUAUUGGAUGGAUCAGGCCAGAUCAAAUGACCAGGGCCGGCAGCAUCAUCAUGAUGAGAAUGCACCUAUGAGCCAACAGGACCCCAGUUCCUACAGACACGGGGCCAACGUCAAUUAUGAUUACUAUUAAGACCCCUAGAACCUAACAUUCGCUGUGAGAGCUGGAGACUACUGGUGGUUCUGUAAAUCACUCUGUGGCAAUGUACAUACCACAGAACCUAGUAUGUCCUGCAGUUGAUGUGUCAUUUAUUUUUUUAUUAUGCAAGUAUGAUUUUGCAAUUGCUUUUAAGGAAGCAAAUCAAAAUAGA